GAAAAUGAUUGACCGACCGCGCCGAUAAAGUCGCGAUCUGUCACCAGUCGGCAGCACCGUCGAUUUUCGGGCAUAGUAGAAGUAAGAUGGCCGCCACCGACUCCAGUUUAUCUAGUGAAAAUCCCGCCAAGAAGGAGGAUGAAUUCAACGAAUUUUACACAGAGGUGAAAGAAAUCGAGAAAAGAGAUUCUGUGCUGACGCCUAAACAACAAAUUGAUAGAUUAUUACGACCUGGGUCAUCCUAUUUCAAUUUGAAUCCAUUUGAAGUGUUACAGAUUGAUCCAAGCACAGCAAUAGAUGAAAUCAAAAAGAAAUACCGUCGUAUGUCAAUUUUGGUACAUCCUGAUAAAAAUCAGGAUGAUGCGGAGAGAGCGCAACAAGCUUUUGAAAUUGUUAAUAAGGCAUGGAAAACUUUGGAAAAUGAAGAAACCAGAUCGAAAUGUAUGGACGUCAUUGAAGAAGCAAAGGCUCGGACUGAUCACAUGAUUGCAGAAAAGAAGAAAAAAUUGAAAAAAGAAGGAAAAUCAGAGAAUUCAACUCCAACACUCUUGGAAGAAGAAACUGAGGAAGGUUACAGACAUGCAGUCUGGGUUAUGACAAUGAAGUUGUUUGCUGAUAUGGAGCGAAGAAGACGUGAAUUAGCCACGAGAGACGCAGAACAGCGCAAGAGAAAGCGCGAAGAGGAAUUAUCAGCAGAAGCUCAAGCGGCGUUAGAACGCGAAUGGCAACGAAACUUUGAAGAAUCGAGACAAUCACGUGUCGAUAGCUGGAAAGCGUUUCAGUCCGGUAGUAGUGCCACAAAGCAAAAAAAAGCGAAGAAGCUGAAGGCCUUUAGGCCGCCAAAAACGAAGGCGGAAUCGCGAUAAUCGCAGUCGCACCCUUUUCUUCACUUUUAACGUGCGGAUUCUGGUUUUAGUCGACGCGAUAUUUUAUCUUAGAGAUUUUCUCGCAGCGCGUUAACGUAGAUAGAUUAAACGAUUCAGCACACCGUGAUAAUCCAGCAAUCGGUCAACGUGCUGAAUCCUUUCAAUUUGGAACUGAAAGGAAGAAAGCUAUUGGACUUUGGCCCUUUCUAUUCAUUCUAAACUAUUCAGUUCAGAAUGCAAGAUAAAAGUUUCCAUUUUCUCCAUUAUUCUUAAAUAUUGAGAUUUGAGAUUCUAAAACUCUUUCUCCUCACACUAAUCAGUUUCAUUAAUCUAUUAAGAAAGAUAAGUUAUUAUAUUUUUGACCAGAAUGCAUCUCUUUAUUUUACUAAUAUAAGAGAAUUAUCACUAAAGUUUCUUGAAUUAUAUAUAAUAUAUUAUUAUAUAUAUUUUUUAUUAAUUUUGAUUUAACAUUAUUAAUAUAGCAUAUAUUAACAAAUUUUGAAGGAGUUGGUGAAAUUAAUCGCAAGUCCACUUUCUUACUUGAUAAGAAAAAAAUCGUGAUUUGAAAAAAAAGGUUUUAAAUAUUCGUGUUACAAAUAAAACUGGUGUUAAGAGCAGAUACAUAUUUUUGCGAGAAAGAAAAGAUAUAUAGAAAGAAAACAUAAGCUAUUGGAUGAAAAGGGAACGCGUCUCUUUAUAUAAAACACCGUAUAUAUGCGAGGUGAAAAUAAGUUUCAUGUGCGUGUCGCAAACUUACAAUGAAGAAUUGCCGCUCAUUUUGAAAAUAAUGUAAACUACACAAUAAAUUCAUUAGAAGUCAAUUCUUAAAUUCAAACAUUUGAUUUAAAUUUGAAUCUUAUUUGCAUUUUUUUCGUUUACAUCGCAUUCAAAAUGCCCGGCUCAGUUUAUUUUGCAUCUAAGACUUACGUCUCCUCGCAAAAUUAAUUAUUAAGAAAUUUUCUCGCGAAUUCCGCGAUUAUGUGGCAUUCACGAUUAACAUGUGUAAAAAAAAGGAGGAAAGAAGAGGAAAAUUUCUCCGGAGCAUGUACAUUUGCAAUAUCCUGACAUCAUUUCGUGACAAAUGUCAAUUUUAUAAUCUACGUCUACGUGUGUCUCGUGCUUUUACUAUUAAACGUACGAUCGUCCAUCGUCAGGAAAGUACAGUUCGGUGUAUAUUAUCGUGAUGAAUUCAAUCAGGGAAUUUUGACGACUACCAUGUACCAUGUUUCGGACACGAUAAACGGCAAGAUUAAUAUUUAAGAAUGGAAAUUGUUACGAAAAGAACGCGUACAAAUUUCAAUAUUUAUUGUAGCAGAACCAUUUCAAAUUUUGAAAUUUUCAAAAUAUCAUAUAAAUUCACACAACUCAACUCUUUAUACUGUUCUUUUCUUUAUACUACUAGAGAAACGAUUCUCUUCGCAUUAUUGCAAGGGACUCGAUUCUGCACUGAAUAAGAUCUCGAAUUAUCGUGAUGCCAUUUGAAUUUGAGCUCCGCUAUUCAAGAUAUAAAAAUGGAUAUACGAUAUUGCGAUAACUCGUUUAUCAUUUCACGAAUACGAUAUCGAUAUUAUACAAACAGUACGACUGCGGAGCUUCAUCGAGAAUGAAAUAAUUCAUUCGAGCUUUGAAAUAAACUGUGAAAUGUGAAUAUAUACGUAUAAAUUGUUUCUAAAAGACUGUUUACUGCAUGUGACUUCGAUACAGUGUGUAUAUCCUAUUCAACUGCAUUAAAGGAUCUUCCAUUGAAUCGUAACUGCAGCAGCGACAUAAGAUUAUCCAUUUAAAUUAUACACUCUGUAAUAAAAAGAUAUAUACGAUUGUGA